CGUGGUGAGGGGCUCGGUUGGGACUUCAGGCAGCGGCCGGCGUCUUAGAGGAGCCAAGGACACUUGUCAGCUGCCCAAAGGAGGAAGCAGAGGUCCCAUCUGCAGUCGGGGUGUCCUUUACCUCCUCCCCAGUGAGAAGAGGGGACUGAAGCCCAUCCAGCCCCAGCAUUCCCAGACAGAGACUGUGCUGCUGUCCCACGGUUGGUGGGGAGCCCAGGCCAUGGUUGCCGUCUCCCGCCCCCGCCAUGGACGAGAUCACCUUCAAAAGCGACACCGUGCUGUCAGACGUCCACCUCCACACCCCGAACCAGAGACACCUCAUGGUGCGGCUGAGUGGCGUGGGGCAGCCCGUCUUCCUGUCCCAGUUCAAGCUUCUGUGGAACCAAGCCUCUCAGACAGACUCGGGGGCUGAGGGUGGCAAUCACAGAGCCCAUCCCGCAGAGGUGACUCCUCCUGCCAGGUCCCCUCCGGGGAGUGGCUGCAGCAGUGAGGGGGUCUCCCUCCAGGUUGGGGCUGAUGCCACCAGCCAGGAGGAGGUGGCAGCUCAGCUGGACGAGGAUGGGGACUUGGACGUUGUGAGAAGACCACGGGCUGCCUCUCCCUCCGAGCCCUCGGGGCCUCCGAGAGACAAGGUACAUCCCAUGAUUCUAACGCAGGAGGAAGAUGACGUCCUGGGAGACGAAGCACAAGAGAGUAGCCCCUACGAUGUCAUCAAAAUAGAGCACACCAUGGCCACGCCCCUGGAGGAUGUUGGCAAGCAGGUGUGGCGGGGCGCCCUGCUCCUGGCGGACUACAUCCUGUCCCAGCGGGACCUCUUCCGGGGUCGCACAGUGCUGGAGCUCGGGGCGGGCACCGGGCUGGCCAGCAUCCUCGCGGCCACCGUGGCGCAGACCGUCUACUGUACAGAUGUCGGUGCAGAUCUCUUGGCCAUGUGCCAGCGAAACAUUGCCCUUAACAGCCACCUGACUGCCACUGGAGGCGGUGUGAUUAAGGUCAAGGAACUGGACUGGCUGAAAGACGACCUGUGCACAGAUCCCGAGGUCCCCUUCAGCUGGUCGGAGGAGGACAUCUCCGACCUGUACGGCCACACCACCAUCCUGCUCGCGGCCGAAGUGUUUUACGACGAUGACCUAACUGAUGCUCUGUUUAAAACACUGUGCCGGCUGGCUCACAAGUUGAAGAACGCCUCCACCGCCAUCCUCUCUGUGGAAAAGAGGCUGAACUUCACGCUGCGGCACCUGGACGUCACGUGCGAGGCCUACGACCACUUCCGCUCAUGCCUGCGGCGACUGGAGGGGCUGACCGGUGGGCGCCUGCGCUUCGCGGUGGAGCCGGUGGACGUCUCCUUCCCACAGCUCUUGGUCUACGAGCGCAUCCAGCAGCUGCAUUCCCAGGAGCAUCACGCAGCCAAGAAAUCAGCUCCUCACAAAAUCCAGCAGCCGUGCUCCACGGCUCCCAGAAUGGAGAAGGUGUGCGACUUGUGGCCAUUCUGGUCCCUUUGACAGUGUGGCAGCCUCAUGCCUCUCAGAUCAGAGCCAGGACUCAGCAUCCAGCUCCUCCUCCACGGAACAGCCCCGAGCAACAAAGCACCAGGGGAGGCUCCCUGCUCUCGCAGUAGCUUUCACGCUGCCCGUUUUUCGCGUCUUGUUCGGGGCUUCUCUUUUGCUGAUUACGUCCCUUUAUGAAAUUGUGAAGUCUCAUUUGCACAUCUCGGAAUCUCCCCCUCUCUCUCUUUG